AUGAAUGCUUUCUACAAAAUUGACGAAGAUAAUAACAUUGGAUCUUGUAAUGGGUUGUUAUGCUUAUAUGUUGAUUGUGGUGUUUGGUUUAAAAAGAAUUUUAUCUUGUGGAACCCAGCUAUCAAAAGUUGUCGCGUUAUUGAAACGUCGUGCGUUGAUCACCUAACUAGAUGUGGUUUUGGUUAUGCAUAUAAUAUUGAUGAUUAUAAGAUAUUUGCUUCAUUUCAAUCUCUUCAAAGAGAUGAAGAUACAACCCAAAUCCCAGCUUGGGUAUUUGAGGUUAGUAGUGGUAAAUGGAAUCCGGUACUUAAUUUCCCAUCUGAUGUUGGAUAUUGUAACACGGGUUAUGUUAAGGCUGUUUAUAGUGCUGAUCAUCUGUAUUGGAUUGUGGAAGAUAAUCACAUUAUGAGUUUUUAUUUGAUGGAUAAUAAAUUCAAAGAGGUGAAAUUCCCAGCCGUUGAAAAUAUUAGUUUCAAGCUUUAUGUUAGUGAUGGGUGUUUGACUUUGUUUUCUUAUUGUGCUGAACAUGAUGAGCGCAAUCAGGAUGACGACAUAUGGAGAUUGGUUCAACCUCAAUCUGGUAAUUGCGAUUCUUGA